AUGUCAAGCGGUACAGAUCAACUCCCCCUGGCAAAUUCCCGGAUCAUCGAAAUGCAAUAUCAUGGGCUACAUCGUGCCACCCACUUUACCUACUCCGAGUUUCUUCAUGCCGCUUCCAGUAUCGACCACGAACGCCCUUCUAAAAGAGAGUAUGGAGGUCGUCAACCUACCUCGGUUCAUUCCGAUCCCGUUCAGCUACGCGAUUUACUCAAGAAGGUACCCAAGAAAUAA